AUGCUGGGCAAACGGGCAGGGGGAGGCGAGAUGGGGCCCAAAAAGAAAAGACGACUAGCGGGACCUCCAGAACCCAAGAACGCGCUGAUGCAUCUCAACGAACUCAAACCGGGCACCCAGUUCACCUUUGUGUCCCAGCUGGGUCCUGUCCACGCUCCCGUGUUUGUUAUGUCAGUGGAGGUCAAUGGGCAGACGUUUGAAGGCAGGGGCAGCUCCAAGAAGCUUGCCAAACUGCAUGCGGCUGAGCAGGCACUCAAGUCCUUCGUCCAGUUUCCAGAUGCCUCCGAGGCUCAUCAGGCAUUGGGUCGGGGGUUUCUGCCUUCCACGGCUGAUUUCACCAAUGACAUGCUGGGGUCUGAGGUGCUGUUCAAUGACUUCGAGAACAACGAUGGCGAUGGGCAGGACAUACAGCGGAAGCUGCGGAAUCUCCCCUCUCAACAGUCAAAUAAGAAUCCUGUGAUGGUCCUCAAUGAGAUCCACAGAGGGGUCAAGUACGAGCUCGUCUCGGAAGUUGGGGAGCGGAAUUAUAAAAUCUUUAUCAUGAAGGUGACAGUUGGAGCUCAAGAAUUUAUAGGCUCUGGGCGGAGCAAAAAGCUGGCUAAAUAUAACGCUGCUCUCAACGCUUUGAAGGUGUUGCACGGAAUCAACCAUUUUUUAUUGAAUAUGGUGCCUGUCAAUGAAGAACAAAUCCAAGGAGACCCCCAGAUAUUAGCUGACCACAUCGCACAGCUGGUCUUUAACAAAUUUGGUGAACUCACCGAGAACUUCUCAUCAGCCUAUGCCCGUCGGAAGGUCUUAGCUGGGAUUGUGAUGACCACGGGAGAGGAGGGCGACCCUGGCAAAGUUAUCUGUUUGGCCACAGGGACAAAGUGCAUCAACGGCGAGUACCUCAGCGCCGAAGGGAAAGCUGUCAACGACUGCCACGCCGAAGUUAUCUGCAGACGUCUGCUAAUGCGCUAUUUAUACGCACAGCUGCAGCUGCAUCUCAGCCUGGUAACGGCUGGCGAAUCCAUUUUGGUCCAGAGACCCGAGGGUGGGUUUGAAGUCAAGGAUGGGGUCCGGUUUCAUCUGUAUACUAGUACGGCUCCUUGUGGCGACGCUCGCAUUUUUUCCCCACAUGAGAAGGAGAGCACUGGGCGGAAGGAGCCAGAUGCCUCUGAAAAUGCGCAUUCAUUGGAUUCUCCGGCAGGGGAUGCUGGGAAUAAACCCGAAGACAAUCCAGAAGGAGUCGCUGGCGACGGAGAUAAGCAUCCAAAUAGACGGGCACGAGGGUUGCUGAGGACGAAGAUCGAGUCCGGAGAGGGGACAAUACCUGUGAAAGUCUCUGGGACCAUCCAGACCUGGGAUGGGGUCCUUCAGGGGGAGCGACUUCUCACGAUGUCCUGUAGUGACAAGAUCACACGGUGGAACGUCCUGGGCCUUCAAGGAUCCUUGCUGAGCCACUUCCUCAUGCCGGUUUAUUUGAGCAGCAUCAUCGUAGGCAGCUGGUAUCACAGUGAGCACAUGGUACGGGGCGUCUACGGCCGUGUCAGCCACAUGAAGUUCCCCUCGCCAAAGUUCAGACUCAACAAGCCUUUCCUCAGUGGCAUCUCUAGCCCGGAGUGCCGGCAGGCGGGCAAGACCCCAAAUUUCUCAGUCAACUGGUACAUAGAAGAUGACUCUCUUGAGGUGGUCAACCCGACCACGGGGAAGACGGAGAAUGAGGAUCUCUCCCGCCUGUGCAAGCAGGUCAUGUUCCAGAAUUUCCUGUCAAUCUAUGGGAAGGUCAGCUCCUUGUCCAGCCUGGGUGUAGUGGACAUACCAAGGUAA